AUCACACGUACACACAGUCGAAAGUAUCCUUCGAACAAGACUUCUUCUCCACUUCAUUUCAGGAGACUGAUCGAAAUAGAGAGGAAAGCAUUGGUUUCUCUUGGGUAAGGGCUACUUAUUUGUGUAAACUACCAGUGGUCUGUUCGAGACCUGUUUUCUUUUCCUAACCCGCGUAAGGAAAGUGUUCACAUUUAGUAUUAUUCUUCUGAGUGGUCGCUGGAGAGUCUGAACUUCGAAAGCCCCUGAUCUCUAGAAGCCGCUCGAACUUGCUCUGCCAAGAUGUUCGGAGGUGGACACAAAUCCUCAAAGCUGAAGAUUGAUUUGCGGCUCUGCAUCAAUCGACUGAAGCUCGCCCAGAAGAAGAAAACUGAGCAGACUGUGAAGGCACGGAAGGAAAUUGCCGACUACCUGACUUCCGGAAAAUAUGAGCGUGCCCGGAUACGCGUUGAGCAUAUAAUUCGUGAGGACUACAUUGUGGAGGCGAUGGAAGUCGUGGAGCUGUACUGUGAUUUGCUCUUGGCGCGAUUUGGUUUGAUUGAGUCCAUGAAGCAUUGCGACGAGGGACUUGCGGAGGCGGUGUGCUCCUUGAUCUGGGUAACGCCGCGCAUGCAGUCGGAAAUCAAUGAGCUCAAGGGGGCGUCAGAGCAGCUUGUGCUGAAGUAUGGCAAAACGUUUGGAGAGCAGGCGCGGGCCAAUGCAACCAACUCUGUCAACGAACGGCUGGUGCAUCGUAUGAGCGUGGAGGCACCGCCCAAGGUUCUUGUCGAGCAGUAUCUUGUCGAGAUUGCCAAGUCGCACCACGUUCCGUAUGAAGCCGACACGAUGGCGCUCAUGGGAAAUGAUUUCUCAGCACUGGCGGAUGACCAGGAGUUCAUACCGACGGCAUUGCCCACAAUACCAAGCGAGGCCCCGGGUGCAGCAGCUGCACCUGCGAUGCCGCCCGCACACUCACAGCCCGCUUAUCCCAUGCACCCAACUGGCCACCCAGCCAUGCCUCCGGCAGCGCAUAUGCCUCCCAACACCGCCGCCCCCGGCUACCCUGCCAGCUCUGGUGCGCCCACAACGCAGUCCUACCCGUACGAGCCGCCCCGGGCCGUCGGGCCCGCAGCAGGCGCAGGGCACGGCAUGCCAGUGCCGCCUCCGGGUACUGUGGCCGGUGCUUGGGUUGCACCGGGCGCGCCUCCUGCCGUCGACGACCGAGCUGGACCUCUGCCAAGCAAAGCGGAUAUGGCUGCACGGGAGGCAGGCUAUCCAGCUGAGCCAUCGUUUGAACUGCCUUCUGUACCUGGCGAUCAAUCGGCAGAAAAGAUGUCUGGGGUGGGAGCGGAUUCGGCCGAUCUUGAUUUCGAUGACCUCACGCGGCGUUUUGAAGAUUUGAAACGCCGAAAGUAGCUGUCUUGACGUGUCCAAAGAAGUCUUGUCAUGUGUUUUUUUGUUCGUCAGAUCAUGCUUGGAAAUGCAUAUUGCAUGCUCACGUAACGCAGCACCUUGUCAUGAAAGCCCAUGAAACCGUACUGUUCUCUGUGAUAUUUGAAUUUUAGGUUUGUGUGUAGACAUGUGCAGAGACUAAAAUGCAAUGUACAUGCUCAGUAAUUUCAGCAAUGCUAGUCAUCAUUUGCGCACCUUCUUGUCAUUUUAGAUAGAUUUAGUGUUCUUUCUUGCUAGUCACCAAACUAUUAAAUUGAAUCAUAUUUUUUAACAUAGAACCAUCGCAAUGGCUUUAUUUUUUGUGCAUUCUACUACUGUUCGCUGAUAUUCUUUUCUUCCUGUGACAUAUUCACUGUUGAGUUCUGGCUCCGUUGUUUGCCAGGGUCGGUCGCUACAUGCACAUCAUGUACUACAUGUCUUUCAGUUCA